AUGGCCACAAACGGUUUUAAGAAUCCUGACGGUGUCCGUAUCGUUGUUGCCGGCGAUGCUAAAACCGGCAAAUCCAGCUUGGUUUUAGCCGCCGCCUCUGAUAAUUUCAACCCCGACGUUCCUCCGGUUCUUCCGCCGACUAGGCUCCCGGAGAAUAUGCUCCCUGAUCGAGUUCCCGCCACCACCGUCAUCGAUACCUCUUCCAGCUCCGACGACAGAAACAAGCUCGUUGAAGAAUUGAAUCGAGCUGAUGCGAUUGUGCUCACUUAUGCCUGCGAUAAACCCGCAACGCUGGAGAGAUUGACUUCGUUCUGGCUCCCUGAACUUCGCCGAUUAAGGGUUAAAGUCCCAAUUGUUUUGGCGGCCUGUAUGGUUGACAAGAAGGAUCCAACCGAUGUGGAUCCGGAUACGGGUCCGGAUCCGAAUGUGACUCGGGAGAUUGAAUGUUUUAUUGAAUGUUCAGCACUGAACGCCUUGAACGUUGCAAAGGUGUUCAGAUCCGCAUUAGAAGCUGUCCUUUACCCAGUAGCUCCAUUGAUUGAUGUAAAAUCAAAAACUCUGAAACGCGGUUUUUCGGGUGCUCUGAAACGGGUUUUUAAACUGUGCGAUCUGGACUGCGACGGUGCCCUUAGUGAUGAAGAGCUGAAUGAAUUCCAGGUCAAGUGCUUCAAUGUUCCACUGCAGCCUAUUGAAUUAACUGGGAUUAAGAUGGUUUUGCAAGAAAAUUUGGCUGAAGGUGUUACCGAUAAGGGUAUUACACUCGAGGGAUUCCUCUUCUUGCAUUCUCUGUUAUUGGAGAAGGGCCGUUUUGAAACAAUAUGGACUGUCCUGAGAAAAUUUGGAUAUAAUAACCAGAUCAGACUUUCUGAUGAUAUGCUUCCUCCUCCAUUGAAAACAUAUCCUGACCAGAGUACAGAGCUGACUACUGAUGCUGUGGAGUUUUUGAAGGGAAUCUAUUUCAAAACCAUAAACAACAGGGUUGUUUCCUCUGGCGCUAAUAAUUAUCUUUCUUCAGUGGUUAAAGAGGUAUUUUCAACUGCCCCGGAUAAUCCAUGGACUAAAGCACCCUAUGCAGAUGCAGUAAAAGGGACUGGCCCGGAUAAUAAUGAGCUUAAGGUGAAUGUGUUUUUGUCCAAGUGGGCUCUGAUGGCACUUCUGGAACCUAUUCGGUGUUUUGAGUACCUUAAAUAUGUAGGAUACGCCGGUGCUAUAUCUUCCGCCAUUCGUAUUACCCGGAGGAGACGAUUAGACCGUGAAAAGAAACAGUCGGACAGAAAUGUUUAUCAGUGCUUUGUUUUUGAACCUAACAAGGAGGACGUAAGGUCGACAAAAAUGUUGGGUUCAUGUCCAACUGAGAAAACUUAUGCUGUCCACAUUGUUGAUCAAAAAACACUUGUAUUGCGUGAAUUUUCAGAGGAUAUUGUGGAGGAGUUUCUUUGGGAGGAGGAUGACUUGGCAUCGUGUGAUGUCGCGAUAUUUGUUUACGACGUAUCUAGUGAACAUUCGUGGGAGAGGGCAAACGAUCUCCUACACCAUGUCGUUAGUAUCGGGAGAGCUGCGGGUUAUGAGUUCCCUUGCCUCAUAGUUGCAGCUAAAGACGAUCGUUGUCCGUAUCCAACUGAGGUUCGAGAUUCAAGAAGGCUGAAUCGAGGUUUGGGGAUAGAGGCUCCUAUACGAAUCAAGGCGAGAAAUCUAAAUGACAUCUUCCCAAGGAUUGUUAGUGCUGCAGAGCACCCGCAUUUGAAUAUCCCUGGAACUGAAGACAAGAAAAGCGGUCACGGGUUAAUUCAUCACUUCUUCAAGUUCGCGUCGGGCAUGAAAUUCCUGUGGUGAGGCUACAAACAAGAGAGAAUCUUGAAGUAAGUUUUAAGAAAUGCAACAAGAUACAAGGUAGCGUAGCAUUAUUUUAGUGUACAUUAUUUAUUUAUUUUAGC